ACUACCUGGUAGGGAAGGAGUUGUGCAAUUAAAGAACCAGAAAGCGGGAGCGGCUAGGGCCUAAAAAGGGCAUUUGGGGGUGCAGCGUGCGAGGCGCUUGGAGGAAGCGCCCUUGAGCGUGACCAAUCAGAGAUCCGGAUGAGGCUCAAGGGCGGGACAGGGGCGUAUCUUGGUGAGAUUGGAUAAAGGCCAGGCACUGGGGCAGGGAGUUGGGCCUGCGCUCAGCUGGGGCAGGCGGUUUGGCAAUCGCGCUUUGCUUACCGCAGUGACUGCGGAGGGGGAAGCCGACUGACUCCAACACUCCUCCCCUGCCGCGGAGUUCCUUGAGUUCUGGGUCCGUUCCAUCUUGCCGCAAGGUUCGCUCCAUCCUCGGUCCUCUAACCACUUGCCCAAUUCCCCAAACUCCCGACCUCAACGUCUGCAGAAAGAAAUGGUCACAGCCAUGAACGUCUCAGACGAAGUAGACCGGCUGUUUCAGCCCUACAACUUCGAGCGGUUCCAGGACUUGAAGCCCUAUUUGGAGGAGUACUGAACUACAUGAAGACGCGGAAGGGCUUCAGCCUGCAGGGGCCUCUCAUCCUGUGGUCCUUCUGCCUCACGGUCUUCAGUAUCCUGGGGGCUGUGAGGACUUGGGGCCAUUUUGGGACCAUGCUACUUAGGGGGAGCCUAAAGCAAAGUUUGUGCUUCUCCAGCUUCAGCAACAGUCCUGUAAUCAGAUUCUGGUCCUGCCUCUUUGUUCUCAGCAAGGUCAUUGAACUUGGAGACACAGCCUUCAUCAUCCUGCGGAAGCGGCCACUCAUCUUUGUGCACUGGUACCACCACAGCACAGUGCUAGUGUACACAAGCUUUGGAUAUAAGCACAAGGUGGCUGCAGGUGGCUGGUUCAUGACCAUGAACUAUGGUGUGCAUGCCAUCAUGUACUUCUACUACACUCUGAAGGCUGCCAAAGUGAAGUCUCCCAGGUGGUUACCCAUGUUCAUCACCAGCCUGCAAAUCCUGCAGAUGAUUAUAGGAGCCACUGUCAGCAUCCUGGUUUAUAUAUGGAGACAGGAACACGGAUGCCACACCACAACAGAACACAUUUGCUGGUCUUCCAUCUUGUAUAUCACUUAUUUCAUCCUCUUUGCCAACUUCUUCCACCAAAACUACAUAAUGCCCAAGAUCAAGGUCAAGACCAAGAUCCAGUAAAGGGUUGGAGAAAAAGAAGCCCUGGGCUCUCUCCUUCCCAGGGCACUGAGGGACUGAGCUUAGGGUUGGAAAAAUGAUUAGAAUGCCUUCCCUGCAUGGUUUCCCCAUGGGAUGUGUGCCCCAAGGUGGUAGGAAGUUAUGACAAGAAGUGUCACCCUGGCAUGGGGGUAUGAUCAAGUAUUUCAUGUUUCUGCUUUUAAUGUGAAGGCCAAGAGCCUGGGAUGGGGGUGGGACUGAGAAGGGCCCCUAGAGCUGAGUUAUUUGUAUUUCUAUCCAUAAAUCUUCUAGCUCUGUUUUUUAAAGAUUUCAACAAGGUUUUGGGGGCUUUGGGGACCUGGGGCAAAAGGGGGACCGCUGUGAUUGGAAAGAGCUGCUGGCAGAGGGAUGAUCAGCGGGUGAGAAAGAAGCCUAAGAGGGUGUGUGGGAAGAUGGCAGGCACAUACACACUCAAUAAGAAUCCUAAGCCUGGUAGGCACUUAACAAAUGUCUGUUACAGACCAGAAUUUUAUUGCUGUUGGAGGCCCAAGCCCCUCAUGCGAACACAGAAACAGGUGCAGAAAGGCGGAGUAAUUUAUCUAACGUCAUAGGCUUCCUAGGCAGCGGAAUUGACACCUGCAAGUAAACGUUCAAGAGCAGACCUUCCAGUUAUCCUCCAAAAGACCACGAGGUGGCGCGGCAGCACCAGCUUUGGUAAGCGCUAGCCGAGUAGCUAGUCCCCAAGCUGCACACAAAAAUACGCACGCGUGC